GGAUGAUAUGGCAGAAGGACCUAAUAUGUGCAGCAAUCAACCAACAAACGCGCCGUCUGGCGGAUCUUCCACAACUACAUCUUAAUCUUGCUCGGCGUGAUGCCCAUAGUAUUGCUCUCGGUGGUAGCCGACGUCUGGGCCAAGUAUGUUUGCAGAGCUGGACAAUCUUGCCAUGAAGGACGACUGAAAACCGAGAAUUUUGCCUUGGCCGUGUACGUGUUUGGCUUGCCGUGGCUUGCUGUGAUGGGUAUCAUUGGUAAGGGUAGGUCUCUAUGCCGAAGGGCUGGCCAUGGAAAGGGUUGCGUUUGCCCAUAUCUUUGGGGCGGGUCGACUUGUUCGCCGAUGGAACGACGCUGCUAGUUUGGGGACUUAGUUCGAGCAAGCAGAUGCUCAGUGUUUUCCUGCUAUCGAUUUUUCUCGACGUUCUUCGAAUCCUCGGAACCUUUUAUUAGAAAACAGAGCCCAG